AUGAUAGAUAGACGGCUACGAUGCUGCCUCCAAUUAAUCGUCUUUGUCUCUCUUUCCCUCCAUAAUAAAUUACUUGAAAUAUGCGCCAUCGCUGAGGGCCUCGACUCCAAAACCGACGAGAUCGACUACUGGCUCACUGAGCACCUGCGUUUGAAUGGCGUCUACUGGGGACUAAACGCCUUGCAUCUCUUGCGCCGCCCCGACGCGCUCCCUCGCCAGGAAACGAUAGACUUCAUCCUCUCCUGUCAGCAUGAGAGCGGCGGUUUCGGUGCUGCGCCGGGCCACGAUGCGCAUAUGCUCUCUACCGUAAGCGCCGUCCAAGUCUUGACCAUGGUGGACGGCCUUGAUGAUCUGGAAGCGCAGGGCAAGGGCAAGGGCAAGGCGCAGGUAGGGAAAUUCAUGGCCGGCUUGCAAAAUCGCGAAACUGGCAGCUUCUUCGGCGACGAGUGGGGCGAGGAAGAUACACGAUUCCUGUACGGUGCCUUGAACGCUCUGUCUUUGCUCAGACUACUGCACCUCGUAGAUGUCAACAAAGCUGUCGAGUUUAUCGCCGGCUGCGCCAACUUUGAUGGUGGCUUUGGUGCCAAGCCUGGAGCAGAAUCACACUCGGCGCAGAUCUUUACAUGUCUCGGCGCACUCUCCAUCGCCAACCGUCUUGACCUUGUCGACAAGGAGAAGCUUGGUCGCUGGCUCAGCGAGAGACAACUCCCCGGUGGCGGGCUGAAUGGACGGCCAGAGAAGACGGAAGACGUGUGCUACAGCUGGUGGGUGCUGUCUAGCCUCGCCAUGAUUGAUCGCACACAUUGGAUCGACCGGGAUGGGCUUACCAAAUUCAUUAUGAGCACGCAGGAUCUCAAGAAUGGUGGAUUCUCUGAUUCUCGCGGAAACAUGACAGACGUCUUUCACACGUGUUUUGGGCUGGCUGGCCUGAGUCUCUUGGGAUACCCUGACCUUGAGCCGGUAGACCCUCGAUACUGCAUGCCCAAGAAGAUUACCGAAAAGGCCUUGGGCCAAUAA